GACUCCUGAGAAAAUGAAAAAUGGCUGGAACCAAUUUGCCCGAUAACCUUCAUAUAGCAGUGCAAAUCAACAACCCUCAAUUAAUCGUGCCUGGCCUUCUAAUCAGCAGCUUUCAGUUUGAAACCAUCGAACUGCAGUUGAGGGAACAGGGCGUCACGCAUAUAGUACAGGUUGGCAUUGAAUUGGGACCGAGCCACACAGGCAAGUUCGAGUACCUGCAUGUUCCAAUCCAGGACGUGGAGGGUGUGGACCUCAUAGCGCAGCUCCCUCCAGUGUUCCAAUUCAUGGAUUCCGCGUUAGCUAAAGGCGGUGUAGUCCUGGUGCACUGCAUGAUGGGCAUCUCCCGCAGCGCCUCCACCUGCAUAGCCUUCCUCAUGUGGAAGCAGCGGCUGCCGUUUGUACGGGCGGCGGAACAGGUGUACGCGGCCAGGCCCUUCAUCUCGCCCAAUCCGGGUUUCGUAUUGCAGCUGCGGCUGUGGGAGCAGGCUGGUAUGGAGUUUGGUUCCUGGAGCGGCUGGUCACGCCAAAAGUUUCUCCAGGCGGUAGAGGAGGGAGGCGGUCUGAAGUCCUGUUUGUUUGACAAUGUCAUGCGGGAGGCAGGUGUGGACCUCGGCACGCUGUGGGAGCAACGCAACUCGGGUGCCUUUGGGACGGUCGUGCCGUCACCGCCGCCCCCCAAACGGCGACCGAUGCCGGUCAGGUGGACGCACAAAUUUUGUUGCGUUAGCUGAGGAGCCAAUGGUAGGUGGUAAGGUGGGAAGAAAAAGAGGUUGUCGCACCUCCAGUGGG